ACAUCUACAUAAGCAUUAACUGAUUCAAUGUGGUUUAUACAAAUUUACACAAGUUGGUUAGUGUUUAUGUUGGUUUAUGGUAUAUAUAAUAAAAACAAGAUUGUAUUUUGAUAUAAUUGAAUGGAAUGAAAAUCUAAAAAUAAAUGUAAAUAAUUUAUGUAUAUUUGUUUAUACAAUUCAAAGUAUGCUCGCUUUAAAAGAUUAUGGUAGUAGUGAUGGUGACAGUGAAUCUGAGAAUGAAAGUACUAUAGAUAAUAAUGAAGAGAAAAUUAAAGAUGAUAAAAAUAUAAAUGAUGAUUCUCCAAGAGAGUCAGUUUUUACUGGCAAAUCUAUAAGUUCUCUUGGACUACAAAUAUGUUCCGCGCCUGAAGUUGUUUCCACAGGAACAGAAUUAUGUGUAAAACAUAUAGAUUCUACUGCAUCUAUAGUUACCCAUAAUCCAAAGUAUGAGGAAUUAUUUGCUCCAGAUUUAGGUCCAGAAAAUCCUUUUAAAACUCAGCAACAACGAGCCGUGAAGAAUAUGCUCUCUGGUUAUGUCGAGAAAGCAUAUAUCAGUGAAUUUCAAUUUGAAAAUCAAAGAAGAACAUUCGCAAGUUAUGGUUAUGCUUUGGAUCCAACCGUUGAUGGUAGUGCAGAGGAGGGAAAAACUUUGAUCGGUGCAAAGGAAGCUGCUGAAGAAUCUGGUGGAAAAACAGUCUUUGAAAAUACAACGUUAAGGCCUUCGGAUAAAAGAAAAAGACAUAGAAAUAAUGAUCCAGCAGAUAUUGAAGGAUUUUUAGGUCCUUGGGGUGGUUAUAUAGAUGAAAGGCGAGUUGUCAAACCUACUCAAGAAGAGGCAGCAGAAUUAGAAGAAAUUUUAGCUAAAAGAAAUAAAAGAGGAAAACAAAUAGAGGAGAAACCACUCGAAGAGAAAACUGUAUUGCAUAUUAAAGAUAGUGUGGAUUAUCAAGGACGAUCAUUUCUACAUGCACCACAGGAUAUUGGUGUUAACUUGAGAUCAGAUUCACCGCCUGAACGAUGUUUUCUACCAAAAGCACACAUACAUACGUGGGAAGGUCAUACAAAGGGUAUUUCUCAAAUCAGAUGGUUUCCACGAACCGCCCACUUACUUCUUUCGUCUAGUAUGGAUUGUAGAGUUAAGUUGUGGGAAGUUUAUAAAGAAAGGCGAUGUGUUAGAACCUAUUAUGGACAUCGUCAGGCUGUACGCGACGUCAGCUUCGAUAAUGACGGAAAAAGAUUUCUUUCGGCUGGAUAUGAUCGUUACGUAAAAUUAUGGGAUACAGAAAGCGGUGCUUGUAUAAGUAGAUUUACAAGUAGAAAAAUACCAUAUUGUGCAAAGUUUAAUCCAGAUCCAGACAAACAACAUCUUUUUGUAGCAGGAACAAGUGAUAAGAAAAUUAUUUGUUGGGAUAUACGAUCAGGGGAGAUAACUCAAGAAUAUGAUAGGCAUUUAGGCGCAGUUAAUACAAUCACUUUUGUAGAUGACAAUCGUAGAUUUGUUACAACUUCCGAUGACAAAAGUCUUCGUGUUUGGGAAUGGGAUAUUCCCGUUGACAUGAAAUAUAUUGCUGAUCCUUCUAUGCAUUCUAUGCCAGCUGUGACACCAUCACCUAAUCAGAAAUGGUUAGCAUGUCAAAGCAUGGAUAACAAAAUUGUAAUAUUCUCAGCCUUAAAUAGAUUCAAAAUGAAUCGGAAAAAAACUUUUACUGGUCAUAUGGUUGCCGGCUAUGCAUGUGGCCUAGAUUUUUCUCCUGACAUGAGUUAUCUUGUAUCAGGAGAUGCAGAUGGAAAAUGUUAUAUAUGGGAUUGGAAAACUACGAAAUUAUAUAAAAAAUGGAAAGCACACGAUGGAGUGUGUAUUGAUGUUUUAUGGCAUCCACAUGAACCUUCGAAACUUGCAACAGCUGGGUGGGAUGGCAAAAUAAAAUAUUGGGACUAGUAUUCUAUAUUAAUAUGUAAAUCCUACCUCUUUAACGUUAUGCUAAUUAACGUGCGUAUGUGUCGUUAAUCAGGCAUCCAUUCAUACAUUAAGAUUGUACAUAUAGAAUUUGUAAUAAAUUCUUAAUUUUGCUUUAAAAA